ACCCCCUAGGUCAAAGCAGGGGCAUUAUGGUAAAUUAACCACCACAGGUAAACCAAGUAAAAUAUAUAUAAAGAGAGAGAGAGAGAGAGACAUGAAAAACCCCAUAGUAACACAACUCGUAACAAAGAAUUUCAACUUCCUCCUCUCAGUUUCCUCAAAAACUUUCUAUGGAAGAAGAGGAGAGUGGAAGUGAACUCCAAUUACUACUACUACCCAAACCCUCAAUUGAAUUUCCGAACAACACGCCCGUCCCUGAGGCGAAAACCGACGACGACGCUACUGACCAUCCCCAGCUCGAUCUGAGCCUCUCGAUCAGCGUCGGACAGAAGCCGCAACCGCAACUGCAACCGCAACCGCAACCGCAACCGCCACCUUUGCAUGAGAAGCCUAGAAUCGGCGAGAGAAGUGUUCAAGCGCUUAGGCAGCAGACGGCGGAGCAAAUAAGGCUCGCGUCGGCCGAGAAGGCGUAUGCCGAGAGGGUGCGGGAGCUCACGCGGAGGGAGCUGGAGUUGGCGGAGAAGGAGUUCGCGCGAGCGAGGGCGGUGUGGGAGAGGGCGCGGGAGGAGGUCGAGCGGGUGGAGAGGAUGAAGGAGAUGUCGACGCGGAGGGUCGGCCCCGCUUGCCUGGAGAUCACCUGCCACUCAUGCAGGCAGAGGUUCUGUCCUUAGGAGAAAUUUGGAGGUCUCUAUUUUUGUUCUCCUUUUGUGCUGUUGUUCUUUUUACAGUUUUCUAUUUGAAACUCAUAUGUUCCUCGAAAACCAUGUUGUCGAAUUUGAGAAAGAAAAAUUAUUCUCUGCUCUUCUGUACCUCUCUGUUCUUGCUUUUGAGUGAUGAAAAACAAAGAAUAACAACAUUGGAAAUUGUAAA